GCCUUUCUGUCUCCUCUCUCCCUCCGUACUGGACCUCCCGGGUCCAUUUCCGGGCUCCUGGUAUUUGGUAUCGAUCAGGGCCGCGGGGCGCGGAGCAGGUGGCUGCGGCGGGGCAGCUGGGCCGCCGUCGCAGUCUUUGUCGUCAACCCCUGUCUGCCGGCCGGCUCGGGCUCCCGGCCGGCGCACUGUGCCCGCCAGACUUUGCGCCGCGUUAGGCGCUGCUGGUGAGCUCCGGGCCAGCUCGGUGCCCGCGCGGCUGGGAAGUGGGCGGCCAGGGGCAGCCAGGACCCUGGCCCGACAUGGCCGAGGUCAGCAUUGACCAGUCCAAGCUGCCAGGAGUGAAGGAAGUGUGCCGGGAUUUUGCUGUCCUGGAGGACCACACCCUGGCUCACAGCUUGCAGGAACAAGAGAUUGAGCAUCAUUUGGCAUCGAACAUUCAGCGGAACCGUUUGGUCCAGCAUGAUCUCCAGAUUGCUAAACAGCUCCAAGAGGAAGAUCUGAAAGCCCAGGCUCAGCUCCAAAAGCGCUACAAAGAUCUUGAACAACAAGACUGUGAAAUUGCUCAGGAAAUUCAGGAGAAGCUGGCUAUUGAGGCAGAGAGACGGCGCAUUCAGGAGAAGAAGGAUGAGGAUAUAGCUCGCCUUUUGCAAGAAAAGGAGUUGCAAGAGGAGAAAAAGCGAAAGAAACACAUUCCAGAGUUUUCUGGAGCCAGUGCUUAUGGAGAUAGUUACUUUUAUGAAGAUGGAGACCAGCCAAGGUCAAGGAGGGCCAGGGAAUUGGGUUCUGGAUACUCAAGGUCUUGUAGACUACAGAAUGAUGGAAAGACUGUGAAGCAGAAGAAAGAGAAACCAAGACAUCCACUGGAGAACUUAAAAGAGUUGGAAAAACAUUGUUCACCAGAGAGAUCCCUGUCUUCCUCCAGCUGGGGCAAAGUGAGAGAUGAUGCCCAAAUUACCAGGGAGCAGCAUGAAAGAAAAAAGCCUAGUCAGGAGAAGCUCCGAAGACCUCCACUUCCUAAGAUCAAUGGUGAUGUGUUUCUGAGCACUCAUUGUGAUGACUGGAAGGCUAAUGGUAGCCAUGGAACUCAUAAUUGGGGAAAACAGUCCCAACACCAAGAUCGACUUUCACCAAAGUCCUCACAGAAAGCAGGGCUUCACUGCAAGGAAGCUGUAUAUGGGAGGGACCAUGGGCAAGGUGAGCAAAGAGAAAGGAGACACAGGCACAGGACUCCUCCCUUCUCAGAGAGUGAGGAGCAGCACCAUCACCAUGACCCAGGAACAAAGCCACGGGUAGUGAAAGAUGCUGUCUGCCCUCCUGCACCACGAGUCCCCCACAGGAAUCAGGAAUGGUAUGAUGCUGAAAUUGCCAGAAAACUGCAAGAAGAAGAACUUUUGGCUACCCAGGUGGACCUGCGAGCAGCUCAAGUAGCCCAGGAUGAGGAAAUUGCUCGACUUCUAAUGGCAGAAGAAAAGAAAGCUUAUAAGAAAGCCAAAGAGCGGGAGAAGUCGUCUUUGGACAAAAGAAAGCAUGACUCUGAGUGGAAGUCAAAACCAGCUAAAUCAACACACCCAAAGUCAAAGGAGCAUGAUGAAGCUCACCACCGGUCUAAAAAUGACAGGCCUUCAAGACCACCACCACCUACAAACACAGAGGCCGAGGGUCUGGAUCAUACUCAUUUUACAAACCAGCAUAAUUCCACACGCCAUUUCUCAAAAUCGGAUUCCUCUCAUAAAGGUUUCCAUUACAAGCAGUAAAAAAAAUAAAAAAAAAAUAAAAAAAAAACACCUAGGAAUUUGCCUUGAAAAUGGACUCACUGUAGCAAAUAUUACUGGAUAAUACAGAAUUCAUCCCACAUUUAUUAUUUUCUGCCUGUUUGCAUUCCUGGGAUUUUUUUCUCAAGUGUUUUUUGGACUAUAAAUGAUUUCAAUUCAUUUCAAAUGUUUUGGUUAUUUUCCAUCACUUGGGCAGUAUAAGAAAAUGCAGCUUCUGAAUAUUAGCCACCUUUGUGCUGGAUAUACUUCCUGAGAUAUAGUAUUUAAGGGAAUUAUUAGAUGCCAUUUUGUUUGGUAUGUAUGGAGUAUUGGUUAUCUAGGGAUGAAGCUUUAGUUAGCAGUUAGAAUUAUAUGGAGAUAAAUAAUCAGAGUGAAAAGUGACAUUUGGAUGCAAGGCAAAAUAAGAGUAUAAGAAGCAGCUUUUUGGUGCAUUAGUGUGUGAUGUUUUUGAAGGACAGGGCCUUUGCUUUUUAUUUUCUUUGGGAAAAUAAAAAAGUUAUAAUUACAAAGUAUUUAAAAGAGAGACAUCUGGAGAAUUUGAAAAAUGUUAUUCUGAAUACAUGGACCAUACAGAGAGGUUUUUUGUACCCUUUUAGGCCCUCUUGGGAAAACUGGCCUAGACACCAUUUUUUAACACUGUGCGGAUGUUUUCUUAGUAGCAAGGCUUUCUGAAGCCCCUGGGCAGUGGACCCUUUAUUUACAAAAACUUAAUUCUCUGAAACUUUAACUUGGGUUGUGUAGUCAGCUGAAAGUGAAAACCUUUAUAUCCUGUCCUUGUUUUACAUUCACUUGUAGAGCCAAGGGAAAUUAAAUUGGAAGUUGAUUGCAUAAGUGAUGUCAAUAUCUCUGGCUGUAGAUCGAAGGUUCUCUUUCUUGUUUAAAAGACAGCAGUAUUUGUUGGCAAUGUCUCAGUAACGUUUUGUGCACCUGUCAAUAAUUACAUUAAUUCAACAUGAUGUUGAAUUUGAUAGUGUUUUUUUAAAUCCAAGAGUUUGACUCUUCAUAUUUAUAAAUGAGCAUUAGUGGGCCUUGUAUUACUUUGUAGAAGAUCUUUAGGCCCCUCUUCAAGAUAUUCAGUGUCUUUGUCUAGUAGCUGAUUCAUAAAAUAUGUUUAUUUGCCCAUAAUACUUAGUUAACAUACGUGGCAAUCAAUCUAUAUAUUUAUAUACAAUAAUUUCCAUUACUUGACUUGCUUUUCUUUUUUAUUGUAUGUAAUCUGACAUUUUUGCAUUUCAAUAGUGUUUCUUUAGGAAUGAAAUAUAUAGGUGACUAAAGAAGAAGUUGUUAAUCACCCUAGUGGGAACUACCUUCUUUUUGCCUUAUCUUUUCAGAUGGUCUUUAAAGUUGGGCAGUAUCAGGAAGCUAUUUAGAGCAGAUUCUCAGUACAUUUGAAUAUCUCAUUUUGAGAAAGAUAAUUACUUUCAUAAAGUUUUCAUAUUAUAGGAACUUGAGUAUAACAUACCUGAAAUUUAAGUUUUAGGCAAAUGGUAACCUGGAAAGAAGAAAAAAAAAACCUUAAGGGAUGUAGUCAUUUUAGAGAAAUGGAGGAAAGGGAAGAUAACAGGAUUUUGAAUAUGGUGAAGUAAAGUGAAUAUAGAAAAAUCUUCAUGUAGAGAAGGGGAGAGAAAAUGGAAGUCUAGCCUUAAGUCAAAUUCCAUAGUGGUUUCAAUAUCCAGAUUAGCCUUGUUGACUUAAAAUAAUGCUAUAUUUUUUCUUUUUCUGCCCUGUGGUUUUGCUUCGUGUUUAAAAUAUUUUAAUGGUAACUUUAAAGAAAAACAGCAAUUGUAUUUUUAUUUGAUAUCAACUUAGGCAAAUGGGCAACAUCAUUUGCCAUAUUUUAAUUUUAUAAAUGUUUAUUUUUCUAUCUCAUAUAAUGAUCAAUUUCGCUUUAAAAAUUCUACAUUUCUUCUGUUUCUCAUGUAUGUCAUUCAUUCAUAUUUAUUAUUGUAAAAUGUUAACUGAACGUACUUUAGUCAAAAAAAUGUCAGACCAUUUAACACUUAACCAAAAUGCUGUUUGUUUUAGCUAUCUUAGUGAGCAAAUGCGAUAUAGCCUUUGUGACAGCCAAUUCAUCAGUAUUGAAAAUUUGUUACUUUGUUUUUUAGGUUUUUUAAAGAUUAGUCUUUGAAAUAUUUUGUCUUUAUUUUAUUUUUUUGUAAAGCAAACAAUUUUUAAGAGUUUCUGUAAUUAUUUACCAGUGAAUAAGGAGAUAGAAAUCUAAUUCUCCCAAUUAUAUCCUCAUUCUUUCUCAUUCAAAUAAUGUAAUGAUUAUCUUUGAGAUUAUAGAGGCAAUUAACAACUGUCUGUUAAUGAACUGCCAGACAUUA